AAUAUAUUUUUAUUUUUGUUUUGUUUUUUUAAAUUGUUUACAACUAAAAAGAAGCAUUCUCGUAUUUAUGGUUAUUUGAAGCGUGGGACCACUCAUAUCCAUUGACUGUUUACACUUAUGAGCUAAAAAUUAAUGUAGUUUGUGCGCAACCCAAAAUUUAUGGAGAAGUAGGUGAAGUGGAAACCUUCUGCGCUCAAUUAAUUUGAGGAACGAUGACACGAAAACCGCGGAAAAAUUCGCAUAAUUCUGCGAGGCAGAAACCGAAUGCAAAAAAAGUAACCGAAUAUCAGCCAGUCAAGAGCACAUCGGGGCAAUUGACAGAGGAUGCGCGCCGGAGUCAAAUUAGAGCUCUAGUGGACGCAAGUGUCCAGCGGGGAGAGUUGGCCAGCCAUAACUAUUAUUUCAUUGUGGUUAACUGCCUUUCUGGUAACCACAUGCCCUUGGAUCUGGCAGCUGCACAGUUUUCUCUAAUUAAUGGCCUGCAAAACAUCCACUAUACUCCGGUCGACCAGGCGCUGGACAAUGAUUACUUAAAAGGAAUUCAUGCAGAGUUGGUUGAGUUUCUUCGAUUAAAAUGUGAUCCGGAGGAUGAACUGCCACCUGUAUUCACAUUGCAAAGAAAAGCAGGAAUUGCCAGCAAAGCCCUUAAGCUGCUCAAUGGUGGGGAGGCUAGCCAGAUUACUGUCUUGCCUAUACAAUUUCUUUGCCAUGCAUUGAAGCAAGCUACAUGCAAGGCUGCCAAGUUGCCGCCUCCAGAUUUUGAUAAUACCCAUUUGCAGUUUAAUCAAUCGGAUCAUGGUUGGGAUCGCCACAAUCAAAUAAAUCUGUCAAAACAAUUCUGUAUAUCCUACAUCAAGCGUUGGUGCUUCUCAUUUGCGAAUUACAUGUGCUCCGACUUAGGCAUCAAGAUGAUACCUAACCGCCACAUGCCCAGCGACCGCAAUGAUUCGGAUGUUGAAGGAUCUCCUGAUCGUGCUAGCUCAUUGGAUGCGACAAAAGUAAAUCAAGAGGCAACAGUAAGCUAUGAAGAACAUAUAAAUCAAAAUGCCUUGGAUACUCUGAAUAGCCUCGACUUGGACAGCAUUUUCGAAAAUGACGAUAUUUGGGAAUCAACAGAAGAACAGAAUAGUUCCAGCAUUCAAGUGAAUGAUCACAGUGAAAAGGAAGAUAUAAUAUUAGUUGAGGAUGAAAAUUUGGAAAUAGUUCCGCCACCGCCACCGAUUCUAGAUCAAGCACUUAUAGAUGAUUGUGCAAUAUUUAAACGUAGACCCAAAAAGCUUCAGAUUGAGUCUGAUAACAACGAAAUCAAACAUCAAGCCGAGGAUAAUAAAAGCGAAAAAACUGAAUGUCGAACUCACACAAAUACGAAACAGGAUUAUCAAUGUUUGAAUACAAACAGAAUUAGCGGACUUCAAGAGCCUGUUGCAUCUGAAAUAGGCAGAGAUGGAUUAUAUCGCAAUAAAUGUCGGUCACCUAUAAGACAAAUGCAUCAAAGACCAAUCAACUGUCUUGGACGUUGGCGCUCUAGAUCACGCUCCCGUUCGCGAUCCGUUAGUCGCAAUAGCCAGGACCAUGGAAGAUAUUCAUCAUCUAGAAAAAGUAGACGUAGCAGAUCUCGAUCUGAAGAGGGAAAUAUUUCACCAAGUCGCAGAUUACUCAUAGAUCGAAAUGUUGGACGUGACAGAAAAAUCUCACCUAUCAGAUGGCAAAAAUAUCAUGGCAGUCCUUCACAUAGUCCACGAAGACUAAAUUGUAAUAUGAGCGGAGGUUAUCGUAAAAGCGACAGAAAGAGCCGAGAGCAAAGGGAGUACUCGAUUAGUCCCCCGUUAGGAGCAACAAACAAGUACUGUACAACCGAAAGACAUAAUUCUAGAUGUGAAGAUGUAAGCAAUGAUCAAAACGCUAUACAACUUGCUCCUCAAUGCAGCCGACCAGCAUUUUCGGUUUCCCAAUAUUAUCCACAGCAUACAAUAAAUAUACAAAACUUUCAUAUACAUUCAGUUCUGAGUACUGAAAGGCCUGUAAGCCCGCAAGCUUCUAAAAUACGAAUACCUGUUUUAACGGCGGUUCCGUCUCAAAUACCAUCUCAUAUCACAUAUAACAAUUUUGGAUCACAUUUAAGCUACAAUCAUGAAGCGUACUACGAGGUACAGCAGUCUAUGGAGUACCAGCAUUCACUGCUAUCUUAUUGUGAAUUACGUUCUGGAAUGAAAACAGUUGAGAUGAAAGAUCUACCAGAGAAUGACUUACGACAUCGCCUGAAAAUGCGCAAUGAGUCCUGGAGUCAGACGGAUGAUUAUUCAGGUCAACAGAACCUUGCUCAAGCAUACCAGAUGUCAACUUGUCCAAUGCCAUGGAAUAACGGAUAUGGGAGCAAUUUUCCUAAUAAUUUCUAAUAAGUUUUUUAAUCAAAUCUAUAGAUAUAGAUUUAUAGAUCAUAUACAAUUAUUACUAGAGGUCCUUCGAUUGUAUAUAUUUUAUUUCUUAUAUAUAAUGAAAGAAUCUUUAAAUCAGAUAUCAAAUCUUGAAACAACUGUUUUAAUGGAUAUAGCCGACAUUUCGUAAACUUUUGAUGUUGCUUAACUGAAGAUGAAUGUUUUUUAAGUAAAGGCUCCUUUUACCAAGCCCGUAUAUAGUCA